AUGAUAGACGACCAGCAGCAAACCCUGUGUUCAAGAUGUCAGACCAUAAGCCUGGACGACCUCUUCCGAAAUGUAACUUCCUGGGAACUCGUUGAACCAGACCCAAGUCUCGUCUUUGAGCGGACUACAGAGUGGGCAAACUCGACAUGUUCUCUUUGCAACUUCUUCCUGGACAUGGUUCCACCCGAAGAACGCAAUACUUGCCCACGGAUAUCGAUAUAUCGUGCCCGGCUAAGUACUAGAAACGGCUCGGCAAAUAACACGCCACUCAAUGCACCAGAUGUGACCCCUAGAACAACUCUGUUAAUUCAGACGCAUAGUGGUGGACCGACGCUUAGCCAACUACCCUUUGUGAACUAUAGCAAAGCCCCAGAAACGCCAAAGAUUCCAAGAGAAGAAAUGGACGUGCUGCCCCUCUCAGUCAUUGACUGCCACAAGCGAGAAAUUGUCCCAGUGCGUGGUCCUUGCGAAUAUGUCGCUCUCAGUUACGUCUGGGGUCAGACAGCAGCACAAGAGGUCCCCAAAGGCAACUCCCUACCUCCUCACCUUCCAUGUACAGUCGAGGAUGCCAUGACUGUGGUAAGAGAAGUCGGCCUCCAGUACCUCUGGGUUGACAGGUACUGCCUAGACCAGAGCAACAAGGCUGAGUUCGAAGCACAGCUCAACCAGAUGGCCGACAUUUACCGAAAUGCACUUAUAACCAUCAUCGGAGCAGCUGGCUCAAACGGUGGCUACGGACUACCCGGCGUCAGCUCCCGACCUCGAUUCAAGCAGCCUUGCAUCAAGAUUGGUGACUACACGCUCUGGUCGUCUAUGACCGACCCGCGAAAACUAGUUCGAGAAAGCCCAUGGAUGACUCGCGCCUGGACAUACCAGGAAGGGGUCUUUUCUCGGAACUGGAUCGCAUUCACCGAUGAGCAAGUCUUCUUCCAGCGCUCAAACGAAGAGCAGACAAUCAUGGAACGCUGGUGGAAGACGUCCUGCGAGAUGUUUCCUCACGGCGGGUUAGGAGCUGAUGCUAAUUGUCCGUUGCUGAACAUGUACGACAAGGUAUGGCAGAACGAGGGGGCUAUUCACCAGCUUCUGGCACAAUACACAGCUCGGAGGUUGACCUAUCAGUCUGAUGCGAUUAACGGAACAUUGGGGUUGUUGAAGCGUUGUGAAAAUGGGCCGUAUCGAAUGAACCACUACUUUGGCAUUCCGAUUCUAGGACCGUUGGUCAGUCAUCGCAAGGCCAUGGGCCGUGAUCCUAGUCGGAGCUGGCCGCUAACGGAAGCUUUUUUGGUGAAUUUAUGCUGGAAGACGAGGGGAACUGGGCCGCGCAGAGCCGAAUUUCCGAGUUGGUCGUGGGCUGGCUGGCAAGCUGUCUAUGAGGGCUCUGCUCAACCACUGGCUCAUAAUGGACUCACUGGGAGAAGCCUGACUAAUGUGAAGCUAUUGGUGGAAAUGGAGGAGGACUUGGUAGACUGGGAGGCAAUGUGUAACAUGAUUAAUUGGGAUCUUUACCAGGAUUUGACAUCCUUGCCGCGAGAGCUUUAUAUGCAGGUACCGACAGUUCCACUGACUCUCUGCCGAGAGGUAAGAGGAACCGGGGACGGCUUUGCUGGUCAUGCCGCAGAUCUUACGCCUAUGCCAUGGUGUGCUGUAUUGAGUGACAAUGAAUGCGAGGUUCUGAUUGAGGUUAAUCUGGUCGACGAAGAAGUUGCAUCGACGCUCCAGACCGCGGACUCUGUAUCGUUGAAAGGAAUUAUUCUCCGCCAGUUAGACCCUCAUGCAGCCCAGGAAUACAACCCCUACGAUAAUCAGGUUUGGGCGUUUGCUCUUGUCGUGCUAGAAGAAAAGAAUGGGGCGACGAGAGUUGGGAGCUUGGAGCUGCGGCCAGACAAUUACUCGGUCCGUUGGAAGUACCAUGUCGACCAUUCGGGUGUGAAAAAUGAGAAGUGCUGGGUCCGAGAUGUUCUAAAGGACUACGUGGAUUGCGAAAAAAGAAAAAAUAUAUUAUGGUCCGACGUUGACAUUCCUCCGAGCUCGGGUGCAUCUUCGGGCCCGAACUCAAGCAUUCUGGCUCCUUCGGUUCACCAACCAGUCAUCAUCGUCGGGGCCAGCCUGGUCGGGCUCUCGGCUGCUCUCUGUCUAUCCAACCAUAAGGUACCCACCAUCGUCCUAGAGAAACAUGCAAGCAUCGCGAAGCAUCCACGUGCUAUUGGUUUUACGGCACGAACGUUGGAAAUCUAUCGCUGGCUCGGCAUCGCAGACGAGAUCCCCGAAAUCCCCAAAGACUUCAAUCUGAUGAGAGCGAGAGUCGAGAGCAUGACAGGCAAAUGGUUUGAAAGCACGUCCUGGUCAGACACGGGUAGCUCCAACAAGAAGUCAAGUCAGGAAUUACCUGCUACGAAGAAACAAUAUUCGCCGUCCCGUGGAGCGGCCUUGCCCCAGGAUCAAUUGGAAGCCAUUCUGCAAGCGACAGCCAUCGAAAGAGGUGUGGACAUCCGGCGUCAGCAUAGGGUUACAAACGUGGAGCAGAGCCAGAGUGGUGUCUCUGUGACGGCGUGCGAUCCUCAAAACAGGGAGAUGCGAAUCGAAGGCUCGUAUCUCAUCGCCGCGGACGGCAAUCGCAGCACAGUUCGUGAGCUACUGCAGAUCCCACGGAAUGGGCGCGGCCAUAUGCAGACCAUGCGCAGUGUACUGUUCCGCGCUCCCUUAGAACAGUAUAUGCAGGGAGUGCACCAAUUCAGUAUCGAUCAACCGGAUCUCAAAGCCUUUAUGACGACUUACAAUGACGGUCGGUGGGUCUUGAUGUUCCACGAUGACGUUGAGCGCGAUGAGCCUACCCUUCGCUCGGCGAUCAACCAAGCCAUCGGUAGAUCGGACCUACCGGUUGACAUUAUUACGACUGGCCGCUGGGACUUAGCUGCUCUUGUCGCAGACACCUUCCAGUCGGGGCGUGUCUUUCUCGCUGGGGAUGCGGCGCACACGCUGCCACCCAACCGAGGAGGAUAUGGAGCAAACACAGGAAUCCAUGACGUUGAUAACCUCGCCUGGAAGCUAGCAGCUGUUCUAGCAGGCAAGUCAUCACCUGAACUCUUAGACACGUACGAUGCGGAACGGCGUCCCGUGGCCCUUCUUCGCCAUGAUCAAAUCUUUGCCCGAGCCGAUUACAAAGUCCACCUGGACAAGGCCACGCCCGCUGGUAAAAAGCUUGAUGAUGAUGCGAUGGAGUUUGGACAACUCUAUCUAUCAAAUGGCUUUAUUGGGGCCGAAAAUAAUCUCCCACGAGCAUUGAAGCCUGACGAAUGGGCAGGUCAGCCGGGUACCCAUGUGCCACAUUUCUGGGUCACUCAAGAUGAAAACCCCGUUUCAAUCUUAGAUGUGGUGGGCGAGGAUUCAUGGACAUUGGUCUCCGAGUCAGUAGAAUGGGAGGAGGUUGUGGCUCAGGUGAAUCUAGGAUCAUCGAUCACGUUGAAUCAUAUUUGCAUCGGAAGAGAUGUUCAAUUUACGGAUGAAGGGAGCUUCCAAGAGGCUCUGGGAGUGUCCGCUACUGGCGCAUCGCUCUUGCGACCAGAUGGAUAUAUUGCCUGGAGGACAAAGGAACUGCCAGAAAACCCUGCCAAAUGUCUGGAUGAUAUUGUGGCUCAAGUCGCUUUUCGGGUGAAUAGCCAUUAGAACUGAAUGUUCGAUUCU